AUGGAGAGUGCUGAUGAGGGUAGGUCACUGGGGCAAUUCUGGGAAGAAGACCUUUCUUGCUUGAACUGGCUUAAUAAACAACCACCUUGUUCUGUCAUCUACAUUGCCUUUGGGAGCUUCACUGUUUUUGACCCUCUUCAAUUCAAGGAACUAGCUCUUGGACUUGAUCUCACAAAUAGGCCUUUUCUGUGGGUUGUGCGUGAGGAUGUUAGUGGCAGCACAAAAACAACAUACCCAGAUGAAUUUCAAGGCACUUGUGGUAAAAUUGUCACAUGGGCACCCCAACAGAAGGUGUUAAACCACCCUUCUACAGCUUGUUUCAUUAGCCACUGUGGUUGGAAUUCUACCAUGGAAGGAGUGUUCAAUGGGGUGCCUUUCUUGUGUUGGCCAUAUUUUGCUGACCAAUUUGUUGACAAGGUUUAUGUUUGUGAUGAGUGGAAGGUGGGGUUGGGAUUUGACUUGGAUGAGAAAGGGCUGAUAUCACGGUGGGAGAUAAAGAAGAAAGUGGAUCAACUCCUUGGAGAUGACAGCAUAAGGGAAAGGUCUCAAAAACUGAAGGAGAUGGUUGUAAGUAGCACUGCAGAAGCGGGACAAUCCUAUGAGAAUUUCAGCAAGUUUGAGGCCUGGCUCAAAGGAUAA